UUCAAGAACUUUCAUCAGUAUUUGCUUAAUUAUAUACGAACUUCAAGAUUAUGGCUAAGAGACCACAAUCUCCUAUGUUUGAUCAUAAGCUUAUAACUUACGAGAAUUUUCCGCCCUUGACCGACUGGACCGAAGACAAAGAUAACCAUUACUUAACUGUACAUGUUCCUCAAUUCACGAAGGAGCAAAUAAGUAUUAGAUGCGCGCGUUCACCUGGCAUAGUCCGAAUUCAGGGAGAGCGGCAGGUUGCUGAUAACAGAUGGAGCCGAUUCAACCAAGCUUACACGAUUCCAAAAAAUUGUAUCCCAGAUAAGGUUCAAGCAACUUGGCUAGAAGAAGAUGAGAUUGUAUUAAUCACAAUGCCGAAGGAGAUCGUGGCGGCCCCGCCACCAGUUGCAGCGCCUAAAAACCAACCAAAGACUCCGGCAGAAGCUCAAACCAUUAAACAAGAACAAUCUCCUCCAAAAGCCCCGAGCUCAAGCUACAAUAUUGAUGGUAAAAAGCAAGGUGGCGAGCUUAUUAAAGCGCAAAAACCUGAGAAAAAAGAAACCACCCCGGCUCAAAAGGAUCAACCCAAAACUGCACCAGAAUCACCUGCAGUUAUUGCUUCAACGUUGAAGAAAAAUGAUGAUCGUGGGAUGCUGAAGGCGGAUCCAAGUGAUGAACAAACGAGCAAAGAAUUUGAAAAGGUUACUGCUGCUAGUUCAGAGAAAGAGUCGAAGGAAGAGAAAGAUAAAUCUACAGAUAAAAAAUUGGAGGAUGUGAAGGGACUGGCAAUGGAGAAGAAAGAAGAGAGGCAAGCAAUGUUGAACAUGGGCGUGGCUGUUCUUGUGCUUGUGGCAUUUGGGGCUUAUGUUUCGUAUACCAUUGUUUCGAAAGCAAAAGAGAACUAGCUAGCUAGCUAUGAGGCUUGUUCUUGAAAAAUCAAAUGCUAAUCAUGAGUAAUCAAUAAAUUAAGUUGUGAUUAUAUAUUAUUAUCAACUCUACAAUUAUUGAACUAAAUAAGUCAA